CCUUUUCUUCCAAAACCAGUGUUAUGGUCGAGAUUCUCUUUAUAAAUUAUAAAAAGAGAAAUAGCUAUAACGCCAUUGCAUGUAAAUAAUUUGAUUUUGUUAUGCAAAUUAAUAUUCGCAACAACAAAAAAAGACUGCCAAACUGUGAUGCAUUGGAUUGCUGUCGUGUACAGGGCACUUCACAACGCGCGCGUCGCAGUGACGUUUGCCGUUUGCUACCGUCUGCGUGAAACGUCACAACAGCUGUAAACAAAACAAUUUACCGGCGGCGCGGAAAGCACACACUCUCGUUUGCACAAAAGCAGCAAGAAAAAAGCGAUCCCAAAGGUAAAGUUGUGAGCAGAAAAUUUCGAUUCCAACACGUAAAGUCAGCUCCUAAUAAUGGCACAAACAACCGUCGCGAAUCAAUCAACAUUGCUACCACUCGAGCUGGUAGAUAAAUGCAUCGGUUCGCGGAUACACAUCAUCAUGAAGAAUGAUAAGGAGAUUGUGGGCACGCUGCUUGGGUUCGACGACUUCGUCAACAUGCUGCUGGAGGACGUGACGGAGUACGAGAACACACCGGAAGGCCGGCGGAUAACCAAACUCGACCAGAUCCUGCUGAACGGCAACAACAUUACGAUGCUCGUGCCCGGUUCCAGCGGCGAUCUUCCGGAAGCAUCGUAAAGCGCUUGCGGCAUAUUUCCCCCUCCCUGUGAAUCGAGAAGAGUGUGAAUUAAUGUAAUUGAAAACGCGAAUAAUGGAAGAAGAGAUAACUCGUGCAAAAAUAA